GUUAUCUUAGCCCACUCUAGCCCCAUCCAGAACCUCGCGAUGUCUAUUACAAAGCUCCGAAGCGAGGUCCCAGCUCACUCUGUCAGAAAUCCAGGAUUUUCCUGGCCUCAAUGAGCAACAUUCACCUAUUCAAAAACAUGAAUUCCAAAUAAUGACGACAUUUUUUGGUAUCCUACAGAUGUUUAAAGUUCGUGUGGAAAUGUUCUUUUUUUAAAAUCGGCUUGAAUCAAGUUUGUCAUGAAUUUAUUGAAUUUAGUUUGUCAUCAAUUGAAUUUAGUUUGUUAACAAGGGACCUCGCGUCGGAGCUGUAGCCUAUAGUGGAGAUCGCGAGUUUCCAGAGGCUAAGCCUACUCCAUAAUGAAAUAGUGUAACUGUUUGUUAGCUAGUGUUUGCUGCACUUUAACUUAAAUUUAAUCAGUACAGCAGGCAAACCCUUAGCAAGCUCUUCAUACUAAAACAGUUUUAUACUGUAUACUGUAAUGUAUACUGUACUAUAUUUAAGUUAAAACAAAAGAUUUAUUCUAAGUCAUUCAUUAUGGUUAGGGCUGUUCCGAUCAUGUUUUUUUGCUCCCGAUCCGAUCGUUUUAGUUUGAGUAUCUGCCGAUCACGAUAUUUCCAGAUCCGAUUGCUUUUUUUUGCUCCUGAUUCAAUUCCAAUCAUUCCCGAUAAUUUUCCCCGAUCAUAUACAUUUUGGCAUUGCAUUAAGAAAAAAAUGAAUAAAACUGGGACGAAUAUAUACAUUCAACAUACAGUACAUAAGUACUGUAUUUGUUUAUUAUGACAAUAAAUCCUCAAGAUGGCAUUUACAUUAUUAAAAUUCUUUCUGUGAGAGGGAUCCACGAGUAGAAAGACUUGUGACUUUGUAUAUUGUGACUAAAUAUUGCCAUCUAGUGUAUUUGUUGAGCUUUCAGUAAAUGAUACUAUAGCCAUGCCCAAAUGCAUGAUGGGAAGUGGAACCAUGACUGUGCGUAGUGCUACCAAUUGAUAUAUCUUCUCUGCGUUGGGAAAUAACAUAAGCUGUUAAGAAAAAGAUCAAUUGCUACCUAGCUUCCCCACAUUGCUUCCCAUGACAUUUCUACUCGUGGGAAGAGGGAUUGUAAGGCUUUAGCCAAUUAAAAAAAGGCUCCAAAGGCUGCCAAAAUUCACUCUACUCAUUUUACGCUGCCUUUUAUCCCUCUAUAGAGGCAAAACGGCGCCAUUACAGAUUGAACAUGACAAUGUGUGAGUGGGUCGUGCAGCGCAUGCAUUAAUUGCAUUAAAUAUUUUAACGUGACACAUUUAAAAAAAAAAAACAAUUACCGCCGUUAUCAGGAUAAAUUUGAUAGCUCUACCUUAAGCCUUAACUAAACACUCUGGAUGAGUGUAACAUAUUAUGUCUGUAACGCUAAAUACAAUUAGAAAACGAUUUAAUUAAAAAAAUAUAUAUAUAUAUUAAAAAAAAGGCAUGGCCGAUAGUUUUUUGCCGAUUCCAAUACUUUGAAAAUGACGUGAUCGGACCCGAUCGAUCGGGAUCUCUAAUUAUGGUAUUCGCUUUGAAAAUAUUUCUAAUAAAGAUAUAUUUAGAUUGUAAAAGAUGGCCUUCAAUACAUUUCUUAUAGAUGAUAUUAGUCUAUUCAUUAUUGCUCUAUACGCUGUAUGUUUCCAUAAAUAUAUUUUCAUCUUAAAUUAAUGCCGAUAAUGCACAAAUUACUGUGUAAAGAUUCACCAGAAUGCAGGAAAUUACGUAGUUGAUACUCUAAAUGUGUGUGUGUCCCCCGGCACUGGUGGUGGGGCCCAAAGUGUAAUCUUUUCAUGGGGCCCAAAAUCCCAGGCAGUGCCCCUGAAGACAACCGUUAAUUAAAAAAAAAAAAAAAAAAACAUUUUCUAAACAUUAAAAUGAAACAUGUUUAAAAUCCAUGUUUAAAAGAUAUUUAAAACAUGAUCAGUAUACUAACAAUUAUUUAGUUGAAAAGAAAUACAAAGUUAACAUUUUCCGCUACGCUUUUAUUUUGAAAAUCUCAAUUGGCGAAACGCACUACCUCAUAGAAUGCACACUUCACCGAAGUUGAUCAUUAUUGACUGAGGAAGGAAAGACAUCGGAAAGUCCAUUUAGUGUUGCUGCUUAAAAGAUUAAAAUAUAAUAAAAACUAUGACACUAAAACGUUUCUUUUAACCGUGAAAGUUGUGUUUUGGAUUAUUCACUAGCACUGUUCAUCUUGGUGACAAAACAGCUUGCUGAAAGGGACUUGGUUAUUAAAGCUUGAUUCAGAAGUGACUGAACAAUUGUUGGAGAGAGAAAUUCCAACCGAGAUACAAGGUGGCGAGCUAAUACAAAGAUGAUCCAUUGAACUGUGCUUCACGCAGGAGCGAGACGCACGACGAAUGUCAUAGGAUGAACACUGCUGGUGGGGUGUAUCUGUCUGUGCUGUCCUCGCUCCUGACUGUGCUUGGGGCCCUGGCUGUUGUGUCUGCCCUCGCUCUGGCUCCACUGUCUGUCCUGGCCAACGUUGCCUAUGGGGCUGCCGACGUCAUCCCCAGCACCGGGGUAGCAGGACCCCCAUCGCCCAUUUCCGUGCCGUGCUCCAGUUUGGUAGCUGGGGUGCUCUAUGGCUCCUUUUCACUGAGGGAGCUUUUUCCCUCAAGGGCUCCAGGUUGUUCCUGGUCCCUGGAAAACCCAGAUCCCACCAAAUAUUCCCUCUACCUCCGCUUCAACCGCCAUCCUUCUAUCUGUCGAAUGCACUCCCCCAUGCUGCUAUCCCUUGAUCACCACCUGGCCAAUCAAAGCUGUCCACUUCACUUAGAGGUAGCUUCAGCUCGGGAUCAGGAAAUCAUUGAUCUCUGUAGAAGUCAAUCCAACCCGGAUACCCCGUACUCCUUCCUACAGUUUGACAAGAACUUUGUUCAGCUAUGUCUAAGCAGACAUCCAGCCGCAGAUGGACCUCCGGUAUCCAAGGAUUUAUUGGAGAUGAGGUUGGUUGAGGUGUUACUCAUUAACAACGAGAACUCAAGUCAGUUUACCUGCGGCGUUCUCUGCCGAUGGUUUGAGGAAUGUUUACGAACGGGUGACCAAAAAGAAGAUGUUCCAACCAGGGAUGGUUGCGGACUGACACAAACGGGCUGCAUAUGUCCUAAUCACAACAUCAUGCCACCUUCUAUCCCACUGGUCCCUGAGACACCGCACAGUUUCAGCAAUGGUUCAAUGAUUCCGGAUGACUGCUGUGUCACUGAGCUGCAUUCAAAUGAUGCAAUCGCCAUCGCGCCCAGAGAUGUCCGAGAUCCAUAUGAUGAUGACUUGAAGGUGAAGACACAAAGACCCAGAUCAGCUGACCAGCCAGGUGUGUUUCAGGCACAAACAGGUGACCCUGCAGCUGAAGAGUGGUCUCAGUGGAGUAUGUGUUCUCUGACAUGUGGGCAUGGCUGGCAAGUGCGGACACGCUCCUGUGUUUCGUCCCCUUAUGGUACACUUUGCAGUGGUGCCCUGCGAGAGACACGAAUGUGCAACAAUACAGUUACCUGUCCAGGUGAACCAGGCAUAAUAAGCUCAGUGCAUGGACUGUGGCACGAGUGGUCCUCUUGGAGUCUAUGCUCUGUGACUUGUGGGCGGGGCUCCAGGACUCGAACCAGGAAGUGUGUGAACGAAGGUGGGGCCGUGCCUUGCGGGUGGCCCGAGACACAGACGAAACUCUGCAACAUAGCAGUGUGUCCUGUGGAGGGCAAGUGGUUAGAGUGGGGCCCAUGGUCAAGAUGCAGCGUCUCCUGUAACACGGGCACCCAGCAGAGGCAGAGACGUUGCAGUGCAUCCGUGCACGGGUGGGCUGAGUGUAAGGGCCCCCAUCAAGAGAGCAGAGAGUGUGCCAACCCUUCAUGCACUGGCGGUGGUAAUUGGGGCAACUGGAACCACUGGAGCCUCUGCAGCAAGACAUGUGACUCUGGAUGGCAGCGGCGCUCCAGGAUAUGUGAGGGCAACGGGGAACAAGGCUACCCAUGUGACGGAUCGGCAGAGGAGGUUCGGUCCUGCAAUGAAAAGAAGUGCCCUGCUCCUCAUGAGAUAUGUAAAGAUGAGAACCUCCUGACAAUGUCAUGGAAGAGAGCUUCAGCUGGUGAAACAGUUUACAACAAGUGUCCAACAAAUGCUACAGGAUCUGCUAGUCGUCGCUGUAUGCUGGAUAAUAAUGGCGUUGCUUUCUGGGGUCCUCCGAGCUUCGCCAGAUGCAUCUCUGUUGAAUAUAGAUAUUUACAUAUAUCUUUACGAGAGCAUCUCGCGAAGGGUCAGAGGACCCUGGCUGGGGAGGGCAUGUCUCAGAUCGUAAGAAGUCUCCUGGAGCUCUUGCAGAGGAGGAGCUACUAUAGUGGCGAUCUUCUCUUUUCCACGGAGAUCUUGCGAAAUGUGACGGACACCUUCAAAAGAGCAACCUACAUCCCAGCUCCUGACGACGUGCAGAAAUUCUUUCAGAUAAUUAGCCACAUGUUGGACAUGGAAAACCUGGACAAGUGGGAAGACAUACAUCAGGUCGCCCCUGGUGCUGCAUUGUUGAUGAGGAUUUUAGAAGAUUUUAUUCAUCUCAUUGGUGAAGCCCAGAAGCCUUUCCAGAGUUUUUUAAUCGUUACCAACAACCUCAUGAUAACCAUCCAGCGAGAGCCUGUGUCAGCAGUUUCCAGUGAUAUAAACUUCCCAAUGAAGGGCCGGAGGGGAAUGAAGGACUGGGCGAGAACAGCAGAGGACAAACUCUACAUCCCUAAGGAGGUCUUUACUGUACCAAAUGAAGAGGCGGAAACAGAUUCAGAGUCAACUAUGUAUUAUGUCAUUGGAGCCAUCUUGUACCGGACAUUGGGCAAUAUUUUGCCUGCACCCCUCCAACCUGCUGUACUUAACUCCAAGAUCCUCACGGUGACAAUCCGACCAGAAUUGGAACCACGUGAUCCCGUAGUUGUGGUGGAGCUUGCUACACUUUUCAAUGGUACAGCCGACGCUCAGUGUGUAGUGUGGGACUACGGCAACCCGGAAGCUGGCGCUGAAAACUGGGGCACAGAAGGCUGCCAAACGCUCACAUCAACCACUGUCCAAACCAAAUGCCUGUGCAGCAGGAUUUCCACCUACGCUGUGUUAGCACAGCAAGCUAAAGAGCCGGAAAUGGGUCCAACCAGCAUGCCCUCAGUGCCCCUCAUUGUCGGCUGUGGGGUCUCCUGCACUGCUGUGCUCAUUCUGCUUCUUAUCUACGCUGCCUUCUGGAGGUAUAUCCGCUCAGAGAGGUCCAUCAUCCUGGUGAAUUUUUGCCUUUCGAUCCUGGCCUCCAAUUUAUUGAUUUUGGUGGGACAAUCACAAACGCUUAGCAAGGGCCUCUGUACCGUGACUGCUGCCUUUCUACAUUUCUUCUUCUUGGCCUCUUUCUGCUGGGUGCUGACGGAAGCUUGGCAGUCCUACCUGGCGGUCAUUGGGAAAAUGAGGUCACGACUAAUUCGCAAGCGUUUUCUGUGCCUCGGCUGGGGUCUUCCGGCCUUAGUUGUAGCAGUGUCUGUUGGAUUCACCAGAGCUAGGGGUUAUGGCACCACCAGCUAUUGCUGGUUAUCUCUUGAGGGAGGUUUGCUUUAUGCCUUUGUUGGGCCAGCUGCUGUCAUAGUUUUGGUGAAUAUGCUCAUUGGAAUCGUGGUUUUUAACAAGCUCAUGUCUCGAGACGGCAUUUCAGACAAGUCAAAAAAGCAGAGAGCGGGUGUCCCAGUGGAGGCGCGUAGCCGACUUCUCCUGAAAUGCUCCAAGUGCGGCGUGAUCUCGAGCGCUGCUCUCUCCAGCUCUACUGCCAGCAGCGCCAUGGCGUCUCUAUGGAGCUCCUGCGUGGUUCUUCCUCUUCUGGCCCUCACUUGGAUGUCAGCCGUCUUGGCCAUAACAGAUCGGCGCUCGACACUUUUCCAGGUCCUAUUUGCCGUCUUUGACUCGGUUCAAGGUUUCGUAAUCAUCACUGUCCACUGUGCCAUGCGGAGAGAGGUUCAGGAUGCGAUGCGCUGUCGGAUGGGGGGAUGUAAAGAUGACAGCGAGAACUCCCCAGACUCUUGCAAGAAUGGACAGGUGCAGAUCAUGAAGGGUCCAAAUGAGGCCUAUUGUGGGCAGCAGUGUGGCUCCCUGCAUUACGGCACAGGCCCAUGCACAACUGGGUGCCACCCACAGUUGUUCCCGCCGGCGUGCCAGCAGCAGUCCUGUUGCCACAGUCUACCCCGCAAUGACCGCGGGCUUGACCACAGCCACAUUCUCAACUAUCUGCAUGAGCAAAGCCCUGUCCCAAACAAUGCCCACAAUCUCAACCACAGCCAAACAACCGAUUUUGAGAAGGACGUGGACUUGGCAUGCCAAACAGAGAGAGGACACCCAUUCAUUUUCAAGGAGGUGAAUACUUGCAACCCCGCCACCAUCACUGGCACCUUGUCCCGGAUAUCCCUGGAUGAUGACGAUGACCCCAAACUUGCUGCCCAUCAGGACGGUGGGGUCGGGGUCAACUUCAGCUCCCUUCCUGGGAAUAUUCCCCCUCCGAACCUUAUUGUGCAGGUUCCACCACUUGGAGGGCUCAAUGAGCUGAGCGAGACACCACUGAAGAAGGAGAUGAACAUUGAUCAGCAGAGACAACAGGCGCAGCAGCGCUGCGGCGCUCCAAUUUAUUUGUGCACUGAGAGUGGUCUAGGAUGGGCUAGACCGCCUGGGUCGUCCAACAAUUCCCAGGAUGGAAGUGCAGAGAGCGGAGGGAGUGGUGGUGGAGGAGGCAGUGGAGGAGAGGGGGACUAUAUGGUCUUACCUCGACGGACAGUGAGCAUUAAACCGCCAACACCAUCCUCUCAAGGAGGAGGUCUGGGACUGGGAAGUGAAGACAAGCCUCUUAACAUCACUGUGGAGGAUCCCCCUUUCCCUCCUCCCCCAUCUCCCUUGACCCUUCAUCCUGCCGAAAGCGAGGCCUAUCCAGCGGAUUUUAUGCCAUCCAGUGUGGGUGACAUGAACAUCAACAUGAACAUGAACCGUUCCUACGGGACAAUCAAAACGUUGCCCCAUGGACACAGUCACGUGAUGGCUCCGGGUGGUCUAGUACGCUCUCACGGGGGUCACAUGCAUCCCCAUGGGCAUUCACUCCAGCUGAAGCCAGGCCAGAGGCCAUCAGUCAGACAAAUUCUGACAGGGGGAAGUACAGUGGAGAGAACCAGAACCCUGCCACGCAACCUUGGCAGCAACAAUGCCAAUGCUAAUCUCUCAGCAGGAUCCUUAGAGAGGAAAAGAGUACGAUACUCAGAGCUGGACUUCGAGAAAGUGAUGCACACUCGCAAAAGACACUCAGAGCUGUACCAUGAGCUCAACCACUCUUCCAAGUUCCACACCAUAGACAGGUAUAGCAGGGACCCAGCCAUGUCCACAUUCAAGAGGGAAAAGCGAUGGAGCAUUUCGUCUGCUGGAGGUGAAAAGAACUCAUCCAGUGACAAGUCAACAACUCCAGAAGACAGAAGCUCGUGGGACAGUUUUAAGACGAUGACCCCUGAACUGACCAUAAUGCCGGGAGAGCAGAAAGACCGCAUGGAGCUUCACAAUAAGAACUGGGACUCGUCAUCUGCAAAUACCCCGGACUCAUCUGAGGGUGACUUCCAGACUGAAGUGUGAACACAAUCCCAUGUACACACACACAUCAAAACGCUGAAUUUCAGAAGAGAUUUGCUUCAACUAUCACUUGAAAAUACACACAGACAGCUUCAUACACAAAUCUCCUGCAACAUGCUCUGUUGGAUUCUGGGCUCACUUUGUUUACUGCUGCAGUGGACAGACAUGAAGAGAACUGUUCUAAUCUAUAUUUUCACAGAGACUAUUAAGAAGAAAGAACAGAAACUUGAAACGUCUUUGACUGAAGACCAUUUUUAAAUGAACUAAGAAACUAUGAAAAAGUAUUUCGGAGAAAAUGUUUAUUGCGAACUGCAAAAAAAAAAAAAAAAAAAAAAGAUUUGCAGUGGGGGGAAAACUAAACGAAGACUUUCUGCACCAUUCAGCUUUAUUUGUUUUUAUAGCGGGGGUGGGGGAAAAUCUCACAAGAGUUUGACCCAAUCCUUCUCCUGAAACCCAGCCACUCUGCUUUCAUUUAAUCCAUUUGCCCCUAUAAUGGAUGAUAUGAAAAUCUAGUUUUCAGUAUUUACAUUUUUAAUAUUUUUUUUCAAGGUUCACUUGUGUCCUUUGCUUUUUUUUUUUUUUUUUUUUUUUUUGUCUAUUAUUUGGAUAGAUUUGUGGGUGGGGGCACUAAAUAAGCUGCUCACGAAUAUGUGCCAUCCUCUUUAUUCAGGUUCCAGUUCAAAAGUUCCAUCUUGACACCCUGCACAAAUCCUCUUGUGCUAACAUUGCAUUUCAUGUGUUGUGUAUUUUCUAUGGCUUAAUUAAAUAAAUGUCCUCCCAUA